UUACAACAGAUAUCAGUCCAUCAGAUCCACCUGUAGAAAAUUCAAAAACUGAAUUAUUUUCAUCUGAUAGAUACAGUUGGCCAAUUUUAUUUACUUUAAUACCUCCAAUAUGUGCUCUUAUUUCCGGAGAAUCAAAUAUUUGGAUUCCUUGGGAACUUUAUUAUGCAGCUAGAACAAGACAUGUAAUCAAUGAGAAUAUCAUUCAAGAACAAACCUUCGAUGCUACUCAACAAGCCAUCAGAAAUCAGGCUGCCGAAAAAUUACGUCGUCAAGAAUUAUGUGCUUUAAUUUUUAUUAUGUUAACACCAAUCAUUGGAGGUUAUAUAUUGUAUGGAGCAAAUGUUUAUUUGACCAAUUAUAAUAAUUACAUCUCUCAUUUCAACAUAACUCUAUUUGUAUUUACUACCGCAAUCAAACCUUUGAUGCACAUAGCCAAACUAGCGAAAAAUAAAACAUUGCAUCUUCAAGAGCAAAUUCAUUAUCCUAGUGUAGAAGUAGAAUUGUUGAAAAGACGUGUAAAACACCUUGAAUACAAAUUGUCUCAGAUACGUAAAAUAUUAGCAACAAAACAUGAUAUAAUAAUUGUUAAAGAUGAAUUUGAGCCCACGAUUUCUCAAUUAGACAAGGCUGUUAAAUGUUACAAGGAAAAGGAGCAAUAUUUACGUACCUAUUCUGAAGAAAAAUUUGCUUAUUUGGAAUCAAAAUUGACUGAAUACGAUAGUUUCAUUAAUAAUAAAUUACAAUCAGAAAAACAACGGUCAAUGCUGGCUUUAGCAUACCGCAUGAUUUGUCUAAUAUUUCUACCAUUAAACAUCAUCUUCGCUAUACUUGGUUAUGCAAAUCAUUUCUUACCAAGAUUUUUAAGAAAUGGUCGUCAAAAACCAAUGUUACAACCAGCAAUCAUCUCAUCAGAUAAUAAGAAGUCAACCGAUGAACAAGAUAGUUCGAUUUCAGGAGAAAGUUUAUAA